AUGGAUUUCAUGCUCGCUACGUGGCAACGGUAUCUUCAUGUUCGGACCCAGAGGCAGCAACUCGCCAAGCCAGUCCAAGCCAAGCCAAUUUUCCCAAAGAAGGCAUAUAUCGAUGGAUUGCAGAUGGUCGAGCGGCCUCUCCUCCACCACCACACCACAUGGUUCCACACCACAUAUCUCUCGUUAUCUCGCUUUUACAUUCACGUUCACGUCCAUAUUCACGUUCACACCACCAUCUUGAUCCCAUCCUUGUGUCCAGUCAGAAGCCGCAACCAGCUUGGCUUCCAUGCAAGUCCCUCACCGGUGACUGGUCGCCCCAGUGGCCUGGUCGGCGGACGCAAUGGGAGAAUAGGAAAGACCGAGCUGACGCUGGACCGUUCUGGCCGUAUUCGCUUCGAAGCCCCUGUAUUAGAGAAGGACGGCUCCCUGACGCCUACCUACCUGCAGCGUUGCUCUUCCAAUGCUACCAUCAAGAAGCAAAAAGUCUUCCCAGCCAUGUCCCUCCCCUAG